CAUAUAUACAUGACUUUUCUUUGUAUUGACCCAUCCACACUCUGUUUCGCAAGUUCUCUAUACGUCUGGUUUCGUGAGUUUGCUUCAGACUGCUCUCAACUUUUGUAGUAGGUCUUAACAGACAUGUAGGGAAGCCAUUUAAACAAAAGGGUAGAAAAGUGUUAAAAAAUUUUCAUAAAACAGUGUUGCGAAACGAAAAAUAUACAAUCAAUAAUGAAAUGUGUAAUGUAGCUCUGCUCUUUAUCGUAUGGUAAAACCUAAUAGAAACUGUGCGUUAUAGAAAUUUUAGCACACAAAGUUUUUAGAAAAGUACCACUUUAAUUUGUCUGGGCAUCACUGCUAAGACAUUGUCUCAACGUCGUGGCAUGUUUUCGCGGUGCACAAAAGAUCCGAAGGAAGUAUACAACGGAUUAACUGUUUCUUGCUUUUAAAAGCAAUGACAGGAUACUUUGAUUUACCGCUAAAUAUGGAUAGAAUAUGCAGAAUUUGCCUUACAGAAGGUACUAACUUAUCUCCUAUUUUUGCUACGGAUCAAGAUGUGAAUGACUUUUCAAGUCUUCCACAAAAGAUACAAGUUUGUGGUUCAAUUGAAAUUCAGGAACAAGAUGGUUUACCUUCAUUAAUUUGUGAUAUUUGCAUUUACAAAGCAAGCGUUGCUCAUGAGUUUAGGCAACAGUGUCAACAUUCGGAUGCUAAGUUACGAAUGUACUACAAUAAACCUGCAAAAUCUACUAUUGUGGAUACAUAUACUCAAACAGAAUUAGAUACAGAACCGGUGUUAUCGAAAGAGCAAGAAGUGGAGAAUCAAGAAAACUAUUAUGUGAAAGAAGAAAUGCAAGCAGCAGCUGCGAAUCCUCAGGAAUAUAUACAUAAUAACACAUAUUCAAGAGAUGAGCCUGACCUAAGCAAUGGGCAAAUUGACAUACCAAAUGAAAAACUUUUUAUAUGUUCUAUCGGAUUUGAAGGAUCUAAGGAAAUUGAAAAAGAAUCUUGUAUUUCUGAAAACAAUUUACAUGAAGCUUCAUUGGCCCAAGAAGAUGGUAACGAUCUUUCUGAAACUAUAAAUAUCCAAGAUAAACCAGAAGAAAAUCAAGAUAUUGAUCAAAAUACACAGGAAAUUGAAAAGAAACAAGAAGAUGAAUUUCUUAGUGAAAGUACAUUAAAUCGUAAUGUUAUAAAAGAAGAAAAAGUUCCUCAAAAACGCACAUCUACUAGGAAAUUGAAAUCAGUGUCUAAUAAAACUUACAGUGAAGAUGAAGUCGACGAUGGUUAUUAUGAUCCAGGAAGUGACAGUCAAGAUUCUGGAGAGUCAAAAUUUAAAUGUAAAGUAUGUUCUAAGCGUUAUAGUACACAAAAAGGCUUAAAAAAGCACUCUCUUGUCCAUGAAAAAAAAUUUAAAUGUGACAUCUGUUUAAAAAUGUUCUACAAGCAAGAAAACAUGGAGAAUCAUAAAAAAAUACAUGCAUCAAAACCUCUUGCAUGUAAAUUAUGUCAUGCAUGUUUUUCUAAACCUCAAAGCUUUGCACGCCAUUUAAAGUCGCAUACGGAGAAGCUAAACAACAUGAUUAAGGAAAUCAAUACAGAUGAACAAAAAGAUAAUAAAGAACCAAAAAAAGAAAUGAAACUUGAAGAAGAUACAGAUGAUGAAACUGGCAUUGUGAAUGAAGCUGAUGAAUUUGAAAAUGCACCUGAAUUGUACAAAUGUGAUAUCUGUAGUCAGUAUUGUUCUACCUUGAAAAAUUUAAAAAGGCAUGCUCUUGUACAUGGGGAUAAGAAGUAUUCCUGUACUGUGUGUAAAAAAUGGUUUUUCAGACCUGAUACAUUAAAAAAACAUGCAGAAAAACACGGUCAUGGAUUAUUAGACAAUUUAGUAGAUAACAAUAAAUUUUUUGACUCGGAUGAUGAUUCUUUUCCUAAUACUACUCAAACCAAUACCUUACAAGAAAAUGAAAAUAUUAAGAAAGAAGAAAGCGACGAAGAUGGUUCUGGAGAAUAUAAAUGUCAACAUUGUGAUAAAAUUAUGGCUACAAAAAAAGGUCUUCGACGUCAUGUAGCAAUGCAUAAACCUAAACCUGAACCAGUUACGUGUGAAAUUUGUAGGAAAGUAUGCGCUAGUCAAGCUCGUCUUGUUCUUCAUCAAAGGACACACAAACCAAAAGAAAAAGUUCCAAGAGAAUACUUGUGUCAUAUUUGUAGUAAAGUGUACCCAAGUAAUUCUUCUCUUACAUAUCACAUGAGAACUCAUACUGGUGUUAAACCACACGUGUGUAAAACUUGCAAUAGUGGAUUCACUACAACGACAAGUUUGGCAAAUCAUAUUAGGAUUCAUACUGGUGACAAACCAUUCGUUUGUCAUGUCUGUAGUGCAGCAUUUGCUGUCAGUUCAGCUUUUAGGCGACACUUAACCAGACAUACAGGGGAAGCAAAUUAUCUGUGUAAAACAUGUGGCAAAGCAUUCAAAAGACUUAGUACUCUAAAAGAACAUACUUAUACCCAUUCUGGUGAAAAACCGUAUGUAUGUAAAACAUGUGGAGCCGCAUAUAGUCACAGCGGUAGCUUAUUUGCACAUCAAAAACGUUGUCGAGUUCAAUAUGCUGAAGAUCCUUUACAAAUGGUUGUAGAUGACCAUCGCCAUACUGUUGCGCAUCAUAUUCAUGUAAAUAAUGUACAAUCUGCAGUGCGCUCACUUGCUGUGAUAGGACAAAUGUUUUAAGAAAACAAACAAUUCAUUGUAUCAGAAUUACUAACUUUAUUUGUGCAUCCAAUAAUCUAUAUAUAUAUCUAUAUAUAUGUAUAGAUUACUCUCUCUAUAUAUAUACUGAAAAGUAUAAAGCGCUAUGAUUCUCAUAGUAUAUAAUAUAGCAUUAUUGUAGAUAUCGUGCACUUCUGUAAAUAUACGAGCAGCUCCUUUUUUACAGAGAAAUAAUUAUUUAAAUACUCAUGCAUAAUUAAUCAACCUAUCCAGACUAGUGCUUUAUUACAACAAAACUUAUUUCUUCGUAUAGUCACUAUGCAUUCAUUACAUGAAUAUUUUACAAAUUUAAUUAUUAUUGCUAAUAGUAAUAAUGAUUUUAUAAUUUGAAAUAUAUGUAUUUGCAUACAUAUUACAUACGUAUAUAAUUUAUGUAUGUACGUUUAAUUUGAAUAUAUAGUUAAAUAUAUUUUUGUAUAUCAUUACACUAAAAUAGAAAACAAACAUUAAUUUAGUUUUUUCUACUUGUUCUUUCAGUUUUCAUUAAAAAAUUUAUAAUAUUUGAGUAUAAUAGCUGCAGACAUUGACAGUAUUAUAAAUUGUAUUCUAAGCUGUACUUUAUAUAAGAAAUUUAUAUAUGUAUUUAUAUACAUUAAUACAGCAUUAUACAGUUUUACUAUUUUAAUAUAAAUGUCCUCCAUAUUAUGCAUCUUUAUUACAUUUAUGUGGUUCAGUGUACGUAGAAGUACAUUAAGCAAAUUAAUCAUAAUAAUAAUGUCUUAUUUCAGAAUUUUGUUCUGAUAUAUAAAUAUAUCCACAGACAAUAGGACGUAACAAUUAUACUUAAAAUUUUUAAAAGUGUUGUAAAAUAAAGAGUAAUUUAAAGCACUAGUUUAGACAUACGAUUAAAAUCUGAAAGUUUAAUUAAAAAAGAAUGUAAUAAAAACAAAACAGGAACAUUUCAAAAAUAAUUUUAGGUACCAUUUAAUUUUGAUUGAUUAAUGAAAUUAUAAUUUAUCUAUAAUUAAAUACAUUAUUAACUUAAUAAAAUCUUUCAUAUAUAAAAUGAAAAGUGUUGGAAAGUAUACAAACACUAAUUGCCACUUAUACAGUGCAAGACAGAGACUGAUUUUUAUUUAUAUAAAUACAUUAAUGAUAAAUGAAAAUUUUUUAACUCUUAUAAUAAAAAUAAUUUCCACUGGGUAAUCGCAGUUGCAAAUAAUCAAUAUUGUAACUGCUUACAUUGACAAUAUAAGCAUUAUUUGAUCUUCAUUUUUAGUUCAUUUCAUAUUAUAUUUAAUUUAUUAAAUAAUGUGAACUAUAUAUUUAAUACAAAUAUUAGUUUUAUUUUAGAAAAUAAUAAAUUUUAUAAUGUACUACAAUUACUAAUACAUUUGCUAAAUGUAAGUAUAAUUUCAAUGUUUAUAUGCAUCAAAUACAUAUCACAAAACUUUUAUGCACAUCCCUUAUAUUAUUUUUUCAUAUUAAAAUCGUGUAGUAAAAGUUAUAAUUCUUUCUUUUUAAAUUUAUUUCAUGUACUUAGGCUUAUGUGGUCACUGUGCUUUUACUAUAUAAUAAUUAGAUUUGUAUAUAUUUAAACCAAUACAUAUUUUGAUACAUUAAUUUAUGAAAAGAGUAAUUAAGUAGAAAUUUCUUUCUUUCAUUAAAAUAAUGUAAAGAUUUAUUUAAAUAUUGUCAUUUAUUUUAAAAUUUGUAUAUUCUACAUAUUCGUAACUUAAUAUCAUUGCAAAUAUUAUAUAAUAUUAUAAACUUUUUUAUACUUGCGCAUAUAUUGAGUACUAUACACUUUUAUACAGAAUUAAAAAUUUCUUUAUACAAAUUAAUGAAAAAUUAUAAAAUUUAACAUAUCACUGUAACUGUGGGAGACUUGAAUUUUGUAUGGAAUAUUCCCUAUUUCUCUGAAUUUCACACCACACUUUGACAAGUUAAUAACAAUUUGUACAUUCACAAGCAAGUUUAAACAUUUCUGUUCCCAAAAAACAAAACUGAAUUAUUUGCAAGUUUAUAAAAUCGUAAUAAGCUGUUGAUAAUACUUAGUUAAUGAUUAAAAAAUUACUAGUAACAACGUAACUCCUUUAUUAUUUAUAACAAUCUUUUAAAUAAAUAAUAACAUAUAUUAGCCUAUGUUUGAUUAACUCAACUGAAAUAUUAAUGAUAAGAUUUAGUCAUAGAUUUAUAAAGGUACUUUAGCUUAUAAUUUAUUGCAUUUAUAAUAUAUGUAUAUAUAUAAGUUUUCUUUUUAUUGAGAAUUAUUAUGUAAUUUAUUUUUACGUUUUCGCUGGAGCAGUUUGUAUCUACGCCAAAUAGAUGCUCGUGUACGUUUUAAAACUUGUGCUAAAUCUGAAUACUUUCGUUUUUCAUCAAGAUUUGAAUUAUGUUCCAAAUGAUUUAUAAUCAUUUCAUCCUCUUCAGGAAGAAACCUUAACAUACAAAAACAAAAAUAAAUGUAAACAUAAAUUGAUAUAUUAUAUUACUUUAGUAUAAUUUAAAUAUAAUUUAAAUAUGUCAUUUAUGUUCCAAUUUUUUGUUUUCUGAAUACUCAAAAGAAAUUUAAUUAUUAUUUAAUCAUUAAUUGAAUAUAAAAAUGAGUUGUUAAUGUUACCUCCUUUGUACACGAUCUGCAAAUAGAUUUCUAAAUCUAUGGUAUACACUAUAUAAAGUUCUGUUUGGUAAUCCAUUUGCUAAAAAUUGAACAAAUUUUCGUCUUUGUUUUUUACUCCGAAUAUAUGUUGCA